CUAUGGCUGACUGGGACUAUGACUAUCUGGUCAAGCUGCUGGCACUCGGGGACUCGGGGGUGGGAAAGACCUCCUUCCUCUACAGUUACACCGACAGCAAGUUCAACCGCAAGUUCACAACCACAGUGGGCAUCGACUUCAGGGAAAAGAGAGUGAUGUACACUGGGACAGGUGCAGAUGGGACGACUGAGAAGAACUUCAAAGUCCACCUUCAGCUUUGGGACACAGCGGGACAAGAGAGGUUCCGCAGCCUCACCACCGCUUUCUUCAGAGACGCCAUGGGCUUCCUGCUGAUGUUCGACUUGACCAAUCAGCAAAGUUUCCUCAACGUCAGGAACUGGAUGAGUCAGCUGCAGGCCAACGCGUACUGUGACAGUCCAGACGUGGUGCUGGUGGGCACCAAGGCAGACCUGAGGGAUGUGAGGGAUGUUCAUGCGAGACAGGCCAAAGAUCUGGCAGACAGAUACGGCAUCCCCUACUUUGAGACGAGUGCAGUGACGGGCGUUGACGUGGACCAGGCGGUGACCACCCUCCUGGACUUGGUGAUGAAGAGGAUGGAGCAGAGCACUCCCGGGGGCCCCAGCUCUGAACCCAACGGCAGCCCCGUCACCAGCCAUGUCGAGGAGGCUCCUGUCAGUAGGACGUGUGCCUGCUGA